UGCUUAUUUGUUUUUCAUGCAUCAGGUACCCAGUAGGGAAAUUGACAAAGCAGAAGGAAAGUUUUGGACUCACUGGAACAGAGAAACCAAACAGUUUUUCCUUCAGUUUCAUUUCAAGAUGGAAAAGCCAGCAACCCCACAAACUACAACUACAGGAUCGACAGUAACAAAGAGACCACCGCCUCCCCUGAUGAACCCUCCAAGAGUGACUGAUUCAAUGCCACCUCCCCCAGGUGGAAUGCCUCUUCCACCCCCUGGCAGCACACCACAGAUGCCCCCACCUCCGAUAUUAAGACCACCACCAUCAGAAGUUACAAGCACAUCAUCUUCCACAAGUUAAUAAAUGUUGUUUCACUUGUUA